AACAUAUUUUCGUAGAACUUUGCAUUGUGUGAAUAUUAAAGAUUUUAUUUACCGGAGGAUAAUAUUAACAACGGCUAAGCGGACUUGAUUAUUUCACAAAAGUAUAAUUGCUUGAUAAAUAUACGAACAUUUUUUAUCAGUGAUAAAAAUACAGCCUCCACUUAAUUUUAUUGAAUUUUCAAUUCUGUGCAAAGGGUGUGUGGGUUAUUAAGAAAAAAAAACUAACAGAAAGAGAAAAAGGUAUUGCAGAUAUGAGUGAUUUUCAAACGCAGCAAGCCAAUUUAAGUCAAUCGCAGGCACUUGCAGCUGCCAUUCAGCGGGCAAAGCAGAUUGCUGCAAAAAUUCAACCAAAUCAGCAACAGCAAAGUGUUGGUGGAAGUGGGGUAGUUAGUGGAAGUAAUAACUUCAAAAGACAUCACGAAGACAACGACAGUGGACCUGAUUGCAAACGGUCCUUUGGAAGUCCGGAUUAUGGACAAAACAACUCCAAUGUUAGCAGUGGUAGUUGCGGGGGCAGUGGGCAAAGUGGAGCCAACAUCACCCAAGCCAUUGCUCAGGCCGCAGCUGUAGCUGCUCGGUUAGCUGCUUCGGCUGGAACAACAUGCGAGGAACAGGUGCGCAUUCCCGAAUGCGUAGUGAAUAAUUUUAUCGGUCGUAGCGGUAACGAUACCAUCAACCAUUUGCAAGCUGAAUCUGGCGCUAAGCUUCAGCUCAUGCAAGAUCAGGAACGAGUUAUAACGCUUCGAGGUUCACGCGAAUGCGUCACCAAAGGGCGCGAAAUGCUGCAGCAGAUGGUCAACCGAAGCUCGGGCAACGGCAUAGUGGAAGUGUUACUAACCAUAAAUAUGCCGCCACCGGGACCAAGCGGCUACCCACCAUAUCAAGAGAUUAUGAUACCGGGCGCUAAAGUUGGCCUCGUCAUAGGAAAAGGUGGAGAUACCAUAAAACAAUUACAGGAGAAAACUGGUGCAAAGAUGAUCAUUAUUCAGGAUGGGCCCAACCAAGAAGUUAUUAAGCCAUUACGAAUUUCUGGUGAUCCACAGAAGAUUGAUCAUGCGAAACAAAUGGUGUUGGACCUUAUAGCCCAAAAAGAUGCGCAAGUGCAGCAGCAAGGCGGACGUAGCGGCAGCGGGGCAGGAGGUUCCGGCCUUGGCUACAACAAUUUCAACAAUGGGUCCAAUGGCGGCGAGACCGUAGAGGUGUUUGUACCGAAAAUUGCGGUUGGAGUGGUUAUUGGAAAAGGAGGCGAUAUGAUACGUAAGAUACAAACGGACUGUGGCUGUAAGUUACAGUUUAUACAGGGGAAAAAUGAUGAGCUCGGAGAUCGUCGAUGUGUCAUUCAGGGUACUCGGCAGCAAGUAGACGACGCUAAGCGAACAAUUGACGGACUUAUCGAGAACGUUAUGCAACGUAACGGAAUGAAUCGAAAUGGAAACUCUGGUAAUAGCGGUAGUAGCACCCAAAGCGAUUCGAGAAAUUCUCACUACGGCUAUGGCUACGGCGUUAAUCAUGCCCAACAGGGCGGCCGCGAAGAAAUUACGUUUCAUGUACCAGCUUCUAAAUGUGGUAUCGUCAUUGGUCGCGGUGGUGAAACAAUAAAGCUUAUAAAUCAACAAUCUGGCGCUCAUACUGAAAUGGAUCGAAAUGCUAAUAAUCCACCCAAUGAGAAGCUUUUUAAGUGUAAAGGCUCCACUGAGCAGGUGGAGGCUGCACGCCAAAUGAUAGCCGAAAAAAUUAACAUGGACUUAACUAUUAUCUCGCGUAAGCCCAUUAAUGGUGGUGGUGGGAUAAGUUCCAAUACUAUCCAGAAUAAUCAACCACAAGUCGGCUAUAACGGUGGCAAUCAAAUGCAAAACAGCGACUCAAAUGCAGCUGCUACAGCUGCCGCCGCCUAUCAACAACAGUCGUGGGGCUAUGGUCAGUGCGGUUGGGAUACGUCUCAGCAGCAGCAAAUGGUCCUUUCAGGAGCUCCGGCUGGUGGAACCGGCGUCAGCACAGGUGGUGCUGGUCAAGAUUAUUCAGCACAGUGGAUUGAGUAUUACAAGCAAAUGGGGUGUCAUCGCGAAGCUGACAUGAUAGAGCAGCAAAUGAAAGCCAAACAAGCCAAUACAGGAUCGGGAAACCAAGUGGCCCAGCAGCAUCAGCAAUCCCACCAAGGGCAACAGCAAUCGCAACAAGUGCCUGGUGGCAACCAAACUGCAGACUACAGCGCGCAAUGGGCGGAAUACUAUCGCAGUGUUGGUAAACUAGAGGAAGCGGAAGCAAUUGAAAAACAGCUUAAAUCGAAGCAGCAAAAUGGUGGUAACGGUGGUAUUAAUAAUGGGGUUAGUCUCAACCAGGUGGGAACCAAUCAAAGUACCCCUAAUGCACCUACUAGCGCUGCCAGUGGAUAUGUGCAAGGACAAGGUAUGACUCCUAGCCAAUAUGCCCAAUAUUCUUAUUAUGCUGCAGCGGCUGCUGCGAACCAACAACAACCACCGCAGCCGGGCGUCGGUGGCCGUUAAACAAAUGUGGUUAAUAAGGGUACCUUGUGGUCCCAACAUACGUUAUUUAAAAUGGUUUUCGACCUACAAAUCGGAGUUUCUUUGAAGGCAAGUUGCGCCCUUUAUAUUAGUAAAUAGAGGCAUUCUUUAGCACAGUUGUGAGAUCUUACAUUUGAACAUAUAUACAUAUGCAAAAUCUCGAUGUGAGCCAUUUUUGUACUUUUAGAUUUUUAAAAAUCAAUGGGCUAUUAAAACAAAGAAGAGUUCACAGCCAUCUGGUGGUAAGGCACAAAUUGAGCAUAUAUGUAUUCAUUACAUUCAUCGGAAUAAAAAGCUGUCUUCUACAUAAGUGGGUGUGAGUGUUUUUUCACAUUUUAAGUGAGCAAUAUUACACUUAGUAUAAUCACCACACGCACCUCAAGAGAACAAUAUAUAUAUUAUGAAUAUAUUCUAUACAUAACUUGAUCAAAUUCAUACAUUUGUUAUAGGUUAUUAUUAUUUUUGUCUAAAUAUAUGCCGUUAUUUGCAGGACCAUCGGUAUUUAUUUUAAAUUCAAAAUCAAAGCCGGCAGGGUUCAACAAAUCAGUUAAUUGAAAACAUUGUACGAAUUAUAACUAUUUUAUUCAAGACAUGCUCAGAAAAUGGCAAAAAAUAAAAAUAAAAUAAUGUACUCAAUCUUGGUAAGGUAUUAAUGUUGAAGGUAAUGUGUGUCUAUUACAACUGAUCGAAUAUAUAAAAACAUACAAGUUUUAAAUCAUACCUUAACAAUAUACUGCAUAUAUUAAAUAAAUAGAUAUAAGUUUUAUUUUACCUCUCUGGUGUAACAAUACAACUGAUUCAACCUUUUCUAUAUGAAUUUGAAAAAUAUACAUAUUUCCCAGAUAAAACUAUGUAAGUCCUGUGCCGAAGCAAUGACUUUCGGAAAUAAUUAAUACCAAUCAAAUUUUGAAUAAAUACUAAAUAUAACUAAUAUACCCAUAUAGAAAGUUAUAGCGAUUUACAUAAUUUAAAAAAGCAUUGUUUUUAUGCCAAAUAUGCGUUUCUAUUUCAUAUAUACAUUUCUCAUAUAAAAAUCGUUAAUAAACGUACUUCCAGCGCUUCAGUGGUCUGAGACAGUUUUGAUCUGGGCUGGCCGAUUUCUCUUGGUAUGUAUUAUUAUGCCAUGAAAAUAAAUCUUAACUAAAAUAUGAAGGGGAAUUAUCAUCGGAAGUUCUAGAUUUUUCUCUAUUAUUAACCUGUUUUCACCUAAAUAGUUGGUAAUAUCACAGUAUAUAAUGUAAGAGGAAUGCUGACUCAUGAAAUUCAUAUCUUUUUCAAGUAAAUACGUACAUACAUAUUUUAAUUUUAAUAAUAUUCUGAAUGAGAUCAAUUCGUCAAUAUUCAAUUUUAAGUGUAGAAUGAAAAGGAAAGGGAAGUCGUUUGUAUAUACAGUUAACACCACAUUUGACGUUCACAAGACAUGGUGAUAAUGUAAGAUGAGAGUUAUAUUUAGUUACUUUUAUUCAUGUGUUUGAACAAUGUUGACAUUUUUAUUUUCCAUUAAUCCUUGAUCUAUUUCCAGAGCGAAUUCGUAAGAGCGUUGGUGCAUUGCAUAAUACGAUAUAUCGAAUUUACUAAGUUCAUUUUCUCAUUUCAUUCUAAACAUGUGGAAAUAAAUUUCUUAUUAAAACCCGA